UGUUCCUCAUUCCAUUACAACAUUUUCUGAUCUUCUUCCCUAAAAGCCUAACAGUCCUUGAAAUCAAUUACCAAUGGCACCAAAAGCCGAGAAGAAGCCCGCCGAGAAAAAGCCAGCGGAAGAGAAAAAGGCUGAGAAGGCCCCAGCUGCCGAGAAAAAGCCUCGCGCCGAGAAGAAACUCCCCAAAGAAGCCGGCGACAAGAAAAAGAAGCGAGCCAAGAAGAGCGUGGAAACCUACAAGAUCUACAUCUUCAAGGUUUUGAAGCAAGUCCACCCAGAUAUCGGGAUUUCGAGCAAGGCGAUGGGAAUUAUGAACAGUUUCAUCAACGACAUUUUCGAGAAGCUCGCUCAGGAAGCCGCGAGGCUCGCUCGCUAUAACAAGAAGCCGACGAUUACGUCUCGCGAGAUUCAGACAGCUGUGAGGUUGGUUCUGCCUGGAGAGUUGGCUAAGCACGCUGUUUCGGAAGGGACGAAGGCUGUCACUAAGUUUACUAGUUCUUAGGUUUAGGGGAUAAAGGUAGUUUGGGGAUUUUACUUUGUAAAAAUUAGUAUGUUUAAUUUUGCGUCUUUUGUAAUUUCCAGGGCUUAAAUGGAAAAUUGCUCAUCUUUUCAAAUUA